AUGACAUUAUUGCGUGCGGCGCAGAAAUGGUUGUGUUCCCUUAGCAAUUCUGCCAAGUUUUGCAAUAUGUAUCUGGUACUGAAAAAUCAUUUUGAUACUGGCAUUUAUCACUCUCACUACCACAAUGACUGGAAUUUGAUCACUUUUCAGUCAGCUAAGAAUGACAAAGAAUUCUUGCAGAAAGAUCUUCCUGGUGUCUUGGACUUCUUGCUCACUUGUUUGGAACUUGUUCAACUGGCUCUAGGUAGCUCGUACUUCAGUUAA